GUGGAGGUCUCCCAUCGCAAUGGCUCGACAGCCCAGAGGGGCGCGCGAUGGCCGAGGGGCGCUCGCUGUCCCCGCAGAACAACUCGGAUCUCUCCUCCUCUGGCGGGUCUCCGCCCCUGGCUCCCAGCAUGCCGCCUGUCACGCCCGGUACCCCCAACCAGGGCGCGGACGACGAGAUCAUUCCCACCGCGAUCGUCAUCAAGAACAUCCCGUUCAACGUGAAGCGCGAGACGCUCCUCGAGAUCAUCGCAUCGCUGUCAAUCCCGACGCCGUACGCGUUCAAUUACCACCUCGACCAGUCAGGCCAGUUCCGCGGGUUGGCAUUUGCCAACUUCCGCCAGGCGGCAGAUGCAGACGCCGUUGUGGCGGCACUGAAUGGUUUUGACGUGCAGGGGCGCAAGCUGCGAGUGGAGUACAAGAAGGUUCUGCAGGCCGGCGAAAAGGAGCGCAUCGAGCGCGAAAAGGCCAUUCGACGCAUGAAGUCCAUGCAACUCGAAAAAGAGCAGGCCGCGAUGGCGCAACAGCAACAGGUACAGACUCCCUACGAGGACUACGGCUCGUUGAUAUCGUCUCCAUUCUCGCCGCAACGAUCAUUCUCGGCGUCAAGCGUGUACCAGAACCAGCAAUCGUUCUCUCCGUCGCAGAUGGCCUCGAUGCCGACGCCUCAGCCAUUCACGGUCACGACGCCGCCUCUGCCCCCCGUGACGCCCGGGGCCCUGAAAUCGCCUUCGGCGGAGCUUGAUUUGAAUGAUCCGUCAACACUCGAGAUCUAUUCGCGCAUCCUCCUGUUCAAGGACGAUCGCAUGAGGGACGAGCUUGCCUUCUCGAGGACAUUGACGCCCAAGCAGCGUCGCGUUGUGCACCUCGUGGCACAGAAGCUCGGCGUCUACCACUACUCCGUCGGCGAGGGAGAGGACAGGUAUGCGGUUGUUACGCGCAUCGACCCCAACGCGGCGCCACGGCACACGCUCUCGCGCGCAACGUCGUCCUACCUGAACGUGAGCAGCCCUCAGGCACCCGCUUCACUGCGUGUGAAGAAGUCGAUGCCGGACAUGAAGUCGCUGCAGGCGGCCGCGCCGCGCCUGACGAGUCGUGCAUCGAACGGGAACAUCCGCGAGGGCUAUGCGACGAUCGCUUCCCCGUCGCGCCGUUCGCCCGGCGCGUUCGCAUCACUUUUCGGGAAUGGCGGUGCAUUUGCCGGGAGCACCAUCCCGCCCGUGCCGAGCCUGCCCUCAAGUGUAGUCGGGAAUGGCGGCGGGGGAUUGGACAGUCCCAACUCUGCCGGCGUGGUCAGGCAGCCGCGCGGGCCAGGCAACGGGGGUUUCGAAUCUAGGAGGGAGCGGCGCGAGAGCCAGACGCGGGGCGGAUUCGACCCGCGCUCGCACGAGCCGCUUGAGAUUUAAAGCGAUGAUAAGUGUGCAUCCAUCAUACUAUCUCUGCUACGCUAUGCGGCGUCGCAGGAAGGACUGUCAUCCAUCGGUAUCGAUUACUGCAGCACACUCGACACUCUCGUUUUCGCGUGUUGGCCUCUUGACUCGUCUAUUAUUCGCUCUCAUCUUCCCCCGCUGGCCAGACACAUAAUCUUCUUUGUAGGUAUCUUCGAUAGUAGGAAAUGGGCUCCUCGAAAGGCCUGCGCCCCCCUGCUGCCCGUCCGAUUUAAGUUACUCAUGCCCCAUGUCAUGGUCGUUGUUCAUGUGUUAUGCUUGUUUCCAUUCUGCAUUACAGUACCCUUGGUUGUAUGAUGAUCACAGAAUUAGA